ACAUAUAAAAGACGAUCAAUAACUAUGAAACAACUCCACAAUGAUGAAACAUAGAUUGUUUUGUCUAGCCAUUCUCCCCCUCUUCUUCCUACUAGUCAUCCAUGGAGGGAAACAAAUCUUAACCAACUUGUCAUUUUUGGGUUUGGCAACAGAGGGAGUACUGGGAAAUGCAGGGGAACAGGCCUAUUUUCUGCUCAAGGAUUGGUUCUUGUCUGAGGAUUGUGAGCAGACAUAUGGAUUCUUGCCGUGCAGCACGAUGGUGGUCGGAAACAUGUUGUUCAUCUCUGCCUACGGCUACUUGAUGUUUCGGGCAGCCAAACUCUUGUCUGAAGGAUGUGAGAUUUUGUUGGAAAUCCUUGGCCCUGGUAUUAUUGGUGGCCUUGUUUUGCCUAUCCUCUCUGCCCUCCCUGAUGCUAUUGUCAUCCUUGCAUCCGGGUUAUCCGGAAGCAAGGAAACUGCUCAAGAUCAAGUAUCAGUUGGGAUGGGGUUACUAGCUGGAUCCAUAGUGAUGCUCCUGACACUGCUGUGGGGAUCUUGUGUUGUAGUUGGCAAGUGUGAUCUGGUGGAUGCCAAUGCAAAAGAUGAAGUAGAUACCAAAGGGUUUAGCUUAACUGGUUCAGGUGUUAGUACUGAUAUCUGGACAACUUAUGCUGCAAGGAUAAUGGUUCUAUCUGUUACUCCUUUUGUAAUAGUGCAGCUACCGCAGGUCCUUAACACCACUGCCGAAAGCCGCUUAUUCAUCCUGACUGCUCUCAUUCUCUCGAUCGCUUUUCUCAUCUCCUAUUGUCUCUAUCAGGUCUUUCAGCCGAAGGUUCAGAAGAGAAGACUUGCCUUCGCUAAGUAUAAGCACGUAAUGUCUGGAAUUUUAACUUAUUUUAGGACACGUACGCUGGGAAGAAUCCUCUCGAUCGAUGGUAGACCGGACAGGGAUGUUAUAAAAAAGUUAUUUCAAUCGCUUGACGUUAAUGAGGACGGACACCUCUCAGCAGAAGAGCUAAGAGCACUAAUAGUUGGAAUCCGGUUUGAUGAGGUCGAUGUGGACAAAGACGACAUAGACGAUGCAGUAAAAUCCAUAGUGAAAGAAUUUGAUAAGUCUGAUGACUCCCUUAUCGAUGAGGACGAGUUUGCGAAUGGUAUCUCAAGCUGGAUUUACAGGGCGAUGCGUUCGGCCAAGUAUGCAAAGGAUCAGCGUCCAGAUUCGGAGUCUCCACACCUGAAAUUUCUAUCUGAAUUCUAUCAGCAAACGAGGAAAGAACACGAUUUGUUGGGUGAUAGCAGCGAUGACGAUGAUAGAGGCAUCAAAAAUCCCAAGUGGAACGCCUUCAGAGCCGUGAGGAUGUUGCUCUCGGGAACUGCUGCUGUCUGUGUGUUGGCUAACCCGCUGGUGGACGCUGUCAACAACUUCUCUUCCGCCACAAAAGUUCCAACAUUCUUCGUCUCCUUUGUGGUUUUGCCAUUUGCUAGCUGCAGCGAGGGGGUCUCGGCUCUAAUCUUCAUCAGAAACAAGAAACACAAGACUGCGUCUUUAACGUUUUCUCAGAUUUACGGAUCAGUGACGAUGAGCAACAUACUUUCUCUGUCGGUCUUCCUAGGGCUCGUCUACGUUCGGGAAUUGACAUGGAGCUUCUCAUCAGAAGUUCUGGUUAUACUCAUAGUGUGCAUUCUCAUGGGCACCUUCGCUAGUUUUCGCACCACUUUCCCUCUCUGGACAUGUCUGGUGGCCUUCUCGCUUUACCCGCUCUCCAUACUUCUUGUCUAUGUACUAGAAUACGUCGUCGUGCUCUCCUAGCUAGGUUCAGGAAAAAAAUGUACGAAAGCAGAACUGGUUUUCGAGAUCAGUCACUGCUUUGGGUAUUGGAGAGAGCAAAUUAACUUUGAAGAUUUGACUAGAUUUUCCUCAUCUAUCUGUGUACAGUAUUAUGACAAGAUAAUAGUUGGCACUCUAUAGGCUUAUACUAUUGAUUCGCUUUCAUUUUU